CUAAAAACAUCCCGUGUUAGUCUCUAUUACCAAAGAAACACAAGAAAAGGUUAUGGAUAAAGCUAAGAAGACUUCGUCUGAAAUUGAUAUGAAGCUCGAUGGAAUCAAGGAUAAGUUUGAUGUAUCAUAUAGCGAUUGGAUGAGUGAAAAACAGAGAGAAUCUUCCUCUAGGGGUAGAAGAAGAAACAAGUCUAAUAAUGGUGAUUCAUCUGCAACUCCCGCCAGCAGCGACAACACAAGUAAAGGAGAGAGAUCUAGGACGAGCCGAGUGGAGACAACAUCUAAGCUCCCGGAACAACCUAUUCGUGGUUUUGUAAACGAGUCCUUGUUCUUGAAGAACUUCUUGAUGAAGCAAAAGGAGUCCGAAGAGUUCAAGACUCUUGCCAUCGUGGGGAAGUUCGGAGUUGGGAAGACAACGUUGUGUCAAGAUGUGUUUAACCACAAAGACGUGAAAGAAGCUUAUCUCCCGAGGAUAUGGGUUUCUAUGUACAGCAAAGAAACAAAAGAUCAAAAGGUAGCUGUGCUGAAGAAGAUGUUGAGAUCACUUGGAGUUGAAGAUGAGAAACUUGAUGAAAUCAAAACAGAAGCAGAAGAAGAGAAAAGAAGCAAAGAUGAAGCUGGGAAAACAGACGAAGAGACGGUUGAAGAGAAGGAGCUCUUUAAGUUACUGCAUGCUCUUAACUCGAAUCUGCUCGGUAAGAAGUAUCUGGUCGUGUUGGACAAUGUCUGGGAGGAUAACGAGUGGAACCAGAGGCUAGAUGGUGAGAAGACACAAGUGGAUAAAACGCAUCUUUCUUGCGGAUUUCCUAAAGGGUUUGGUGGGAGAGUGAUUGUGACAAGCAGAGACGAGGGCCUAGCCAAGAAGAUAGUUGGAGAAGAAGAGAACGUGCAACGUUUGUUCCCGAGAUCAGAUGUGGAGAGCGUGUGGGAGAUUUACAAAGAUGCAGUUGGAGAACUAAUGAAGGACGCUGUUGAAAAAGUCGUGAGAAAUAAAACAAUAUGGGUAGUGAACCCGAGGUAUCCAGGGAGAUACAAAAAAGAGCUUAUGGAUAAGUCUGGUGGUGUUCCUUGGGCUGCUCGAAUGCUUGCUAAGAUUGAGCCUCUCAAAAAUGAUGAAGACAAGGACUUGUAGAAGAAAACUUGUUUACUUGUAAAGCAAGGAUGUUUCUACGUCUCUUAUCUCUGACCUAAGGACGCAUUUGAAGAUUAAUACUAUAUUUCAAGUUUAUUUGAUUUCCAUAGAAUUUGCUGUGUACUUGUAAGUUGUAACUCAUGGAAUUGUAAACCUCUGCUGGUAUUUGAAUAAACAAUGUAAUAAGAGUUUCAACUUUUGUGUCUGGUAAAAAAAGAGUUUCAACUUUCC